CCCUAAACCUUUAGUGGCAGCUAUGUUAUUUUCAACUACAAUGCAAACCGUGUGUAGCUUGUAAACCAUUCUUCUCUCCACGCAGGUUUCAUCUCAAUUCAUUUCCAUGGCGCUCGCUGCCUUAAAAUUCCUGCGCAAACCCACUCUUCAUCUUCCUCCCACUCCCUUCCAAUGUGUUCGCAAGUUUGUGCCCAAAUCUGUCGCCGCGGUUGAGGCCGAGUCCCUCACAAACGAACAAUGCAGUGCCUCUGUUCGUGAACAAGUUCAUGAAAAAAACAAGAAGGCCCCGGCGUGGAAGAGGUUGAAGUUCUCAGAGCUUGGGAUUAGUAAGUCAAUGAUUGGAAGCACUACGAAAAAGGUUCUUAACGGGCUGAAGAAAAAUGGGUAUGAUGUAUACCUUGUAGGAGGUUGUGUGCGGGAUCUUAUUCUAAAGCAAACACCAAAGGACUUUGAUAUUAUAACUUCAGCUGAGCUUAAAGAGGUUAUGAGAAUAUUUUCAUGGUGUGAGAUAGUUGAUAAAUGUUUUCCUGUAUGCCAUGUUCACAUGGAUGGUACCGUUGUUGAGGUUUCAAGUUUUGAUACUACAAAGUGCAAGGUGGGUUUGGAAUUCUCCCAUCAUACUGAAGUACCUAAUGACUGUGACCAGAAGGAUCAUCUUCGUUGGAUGAAUUGUUUAAACCGAGACUUCACAAUUAAUGGGUUGAUGCUUGAUCCAUAUGCAAGAAUUGUGUAUGAUUAUUUUGGAGGAAUAGAAGAUACUAGAAAGGCUAAAGUGCGAACAGUAAUCUCCCCAAAAACUUCAUUUCAGGAAGAUUGUGCUCGCAUUCUACGUGCAAUUAGAUUUUCUGCUUGCUUAGGAUUUAGUAUUUCAAAAGAAACAGCUCGUUUUAUUAAAGACCUGUCUUCUUCAGUAUUAAGCCUUGAUAAGGGUAGGCUCUUGAUGGAAAUGAGUUAUAUGCUAGCAUAUGGUUCUGGGGAAGCUUCUUUGAGGCUAUUAUGGAAAUUCGGUCUUCUAGAUAUACUUCUCCCCUUUCAGGCUGCUUAUUUUUCUCACCAUGGAUUUCAAAGACGGGACAGAAGAACCAAUAUACUCCUGUCUUUGUUCUCCAAUUUGGAUAAACUUUUGGAACCUAAUCGUCCGUGUCAUAAUAGCUUAUGGGUUGGUAUCCUAGCAUUACAUAAAACAUUGAGUGAUCGACCAAGGGACCCCUUGGUAGUUGCUGCGUUUAGCCUUGCAGUCCAUAAUGGUGGAAAUUUGUUGGAAGCUGUAAACAUAGCAGGGAUGAUCAACAAACCACGUGAUGUCAGAUUUCCUGAAUUAUUAGAUCCUUCAGGUCUGGAUGCUGAGGCAUUGGAAGCUGAGAUUCUGGAUCUUGCUGAGUCUGUUAGAGGGACAAUGUUGCAGAUGACAAAUGAGUAUUUUGUGUCUCAGGCUAUGGCUGACUAUCCUCAAGCGCCUCAUUCGAAUCUGGUAUUCAUCCCGUUAGCAUUAUACCUAAAUACAUACACCAUUUUCGACUGUGUGAGAGUGAGUGCCAAUAAGAAGUUUUUGUCAAAGAAAGGCAGAAAAAUUGAUUACGAGUCCUUGGCUCAGGGUAGGCCGCAUGAAAUACGACAUGUUUUUGCAAGGAUUGUAUUCGAUACCGUAUACCCACAUCCACUUCACGAAAAUCAGUCAUUAAGAAGCAACUGUAUUUCUGAGGGAGGCUAGUUUGACGUUUUUAUCAGAAAUAAUGAGAAAAAUGCUGCUGAAGUAGGCAUUUUAUCAAAGGGAAUAGUAUGAUCAAAAUUGGAGUAGUUUGGUGAAAUGUCUGAAUUCCUUGCUCAAAGCAGUAGUCGCAGGAAUUAUCAUCAAUUUCUUGUCAACUUUUGAGAGGAAGGAGAAGGAAAAGGAGUAGUGCUAUGCAAUGUGGCAGACACGCUACAUUACAUAGCCAGCAGAUAAUAGAGAGGAGCGUUUUUUCGAUUGUAAAGGAAAGCUUAGAUCUCAAGGUAUGCUCCAAGCAUCCCACACUAAACAUAACUAAUGACAUGUAUUUAGCAAUUUCAAAUGUCGUCAUAGAAUGGCUUGGCCUGAAAACGAUCCAGACUACGAAGAUGUGACGAUGCUCCCCUGCUUGAUGAUGGCGUUGCCUCCAUUAGGUUUGUUUUUAGUAUUAUUUAACAUGGUAGGGGUUAAAAUGUUUUUACUUUUUUAAAACAUUCAAACAAUGAAAUUAUAAUUCUAUAUCCCUUUUUCUGUCUUA